AUGGCGAAAGAAUUUGAAAAAAUGCUGCUGAAUAUGAAAAAAUCUCUGGAGUAUAAAUUCUAUCACGAAUUCAAAACUCAUGAAAUUUCGUUGGAACACAAUUUUGAAGUUGAGUCACAAACCUCAAAAAAAGGUAACCACAGAAAUUCAAUAACCAAGUUGAGAAAAGAGUUGUUUCAUGAAAUGGUCAAGGAAUACCCCAUAACAACUUUAGAGAAAUGUCUUAGGCGCAGGAAAGUGAGGAACGCCAAUCGUAAAACGUUCAUGGCGGUGAACUGCCAGACAAAAAAUAUGGACUUCAAAGAGAAACAAAUAGUUGGAAAAGUUGACAGUGUCGUCAUUGUGGGAAAUAACGAUGACAAUGAAAAUAAUGUCCUAAAUAAUGAAGAGAGAAGGGUCUCAUCGCAAAGAUGCAAGUUGUUAGGGACAAUAAAAUUGCGAGAUAAGUAG